UUUCUGCAUUGUUCUAGGCAAUUGCCUGGGUUGCUUGCUCUGUCCCCCAUCAUUCCAACCCAAGUCUUGACCUGGCCCUAGGACAUCAAGUGCCACAGAUGCAGUCAUGGCUUAGUGUGUGUUGAAUGAACAUAAGCCUUAGAACCUUGGCUUCUUUGAGCACAGGAAAUGAGCCUCUCUGGAAAAGCAUCAAAGGAGCCACAGCACUGAUCAGGUGCCCAAGCCCUGAGACUUUAGGGUGCUUUGAACCCCCAGGAUCCUUAACAGAACCUCCACUGGAACUUCUUCCUUCAGGAGGACAGGAAGCUGCUGCACACUGCUGCCUCCCUUUGUCUCUGAGAAAAGAUCAUCUUACAGUGGUAAGGGGUGCCUACUAUCUGUGCCCUGCAGACAGUGCCUGCUGACACCAUCAUGCCAAGCCGGAUACCUGUCCCUGUGCUCUACUGCUUCCUUCUCCCCUGGGCAUUCACCAUCCUUCACAAAGCCUUGGGGAACCCGGCCCUCCACCCGGGUCCCCACUAUCUCCUGCCCCCCAUCCAUGAGGUCAUUCACUCUCGUCGUGGGGCCACGACCACACUGCCCUGCGUCCUGGGCACCUCGCCUCCCAGCUACAAGGUACGCUGGAGCAAAGUGGAGCCCGGGGAACUCCGGGAAACGCUAAUCCUCAUCACCAACGGAAUGCACGCCCGGGGCUAUGGGCCCCUGGGAGGACGCACCAGCUUGCGGAGAGGGCAUCGGCUAGACGCCUCCCUGAUCAUCAAGAAUGUGCGCCUGGAGGAUGAGGGCCGGUACCGCUGCGAGCUCAUCAAUGGCAUCGAGGACGAGAGCGUGGCACUGACCCUGCGCCUAGAGGGUGUGGUGUUUCCGUACCAACCCAGCCGGGGCCGCUACCAGUUCAAUUACUUCGAGGCGAAGCGGGCAUGUGAGGAGCAGGACGGACGCCUGGCCACUUACGGCCAACUGUACCAGGCGUGGACCGAGGGGCUAGACUGGUGCAACGCCGGCUGGUUGCUAGAGGGCUCGGUGCGCUACCCUGUGCUCACCGCGCGCGCACCAUGCGGCGGCCAAGGACGGCCAGGCAUCCGCAGCUACGGACCCCGCGACCGCAGCCGCGAUCGCUACGACGCCUUCUGCUUCACCUCGGCCCUGGCAGGCCAAGUGUUCUUCGUGCCGGGGCGGCUGACGCUUUCUGAAGCCCACGCGGCUUGCCGGCGGCGCGGAGCUGUAGUAGCCAAGGUCGGGCACCUCUACGCCGCCUGGAAGUUCUCAGGGCUGGACCGGUGCGACGGAGGCUGGCUGGCGGACGGCAGCGUUCGCUUCCCCAUCACCACGCCACGGCCGCGCUGCGGAGGUCUCCCUGACCCCGGGGUGCGCAGCUUCGGCUUUCCCCGGCCCCAGCAGGCGGCCUACGGGACCUACUGCUACGCCGAGAAGUAGGAGCGCACUGCCCGGCCACGCGCGACAGAUGGCGGGUCCCCUCUAGACAGAAGAGGGCCGAGCCCCACACCUGCCUUCCCAGGCCAGCGCGGCGCUCCGGGCUUCCGGGUAGAGGGGCGCCCCGGGCAUUAACUGACCAAUAAAAUAACGUGGCAUCUCCUCUGUUCGAUAAGUUGUAGGGCUUGGAGUACGUGAGUGAGAGGGUCUGGCCCUGGACCCAAAGUACCUACUGCACGCCUACAUUUUGAAGGUUUUAUUUAUAGAGGUUUUAUUGCCUCUAUGGUCCAGCAAAAUACGGGGUUUGUGAUGAGAGGGUACCAACAGCGCAAAGGAGAGGAAAGCUCAGCAGGCCCAGCCUGUCUUUAUGUCUCUCGCCAUCUCCCCAAAGGGUUCUCAUUCAAAUUUUCCGGUAGCACUCCAAAGUCCACAACUGUUUGGACACUACAGAAUAGAUACUCCAUGGGUCUAAACACAUUUUUAAUGAACUUACAAUUUCUAAGGUCUGCUUUAUUUAGUUUAUUAAUUUUACUUGUUUAUUUUGAGACAAGGUCUCUCAAUUCAUCCCUGGCUCUCCUGGAACUCCCUAUUGUUGAUCAGGCUGGCCUUGAAUUCACAUAGAUCAUUCUACCUCUGCCUCCUGAGAGCUGGAAUCAGACCCAGCUAAAGUCUUCAAUUAAAGACAGUAAAUUCCGUGUGGAGUGAAAGCACAGCAGUUAAGAGAACUUGCUGCUCUACACCAUCUGUAACUCCCAUUCCAGGGUCUCCAACGCCCUCUUUUGACCUCCAUGAGUACCAGACAGGCACAUGGUACACUUGCAUACUAUAAUAAAUCCACUAGGGAAAGAUACAGGCAACUAUGCCCAUUAAGACAAUUACAAGUAAACAAGUCCUUGUUUUUGGCCUGUGAUCAGGAGUGGGUUUGUACCGCUGGGUUUCUCAGUGCCCAGGCUCAGGGUACAGCAUUUUUAAAGGCACAGACCACAGUUACACCAGUGUUAGAUGAGAGUCAGGGUAAACUUUAAACACUUGUUUUUGGCAGAACAUAGUAGUUAUUUUAUGUAUAACAUACCAAUUAUUUUUUUACUUAUACCUUCUUCAUUUAUUGUAAGCAUUAAUUAUUUUGAUUAAUACAUCUGGACCAUGGUCAGAGUCAUGGAAAUCCCCAAUGUGUAGCUAAGCCAGAUGUGACUGUGGAGGAAGGGGCAGAGAGCUCAGAAUGGAAACAGGACAAGACAUUCUUACCUUAACCACUUCACUUAUUCAUUUAUUUAAGUUACUUUUAAAUCGUUGAUUUUUAUUAAGGGUAGCAAUCAGUUAAUUAGGGAGGGCCCGAUCAUUACACCUAUGAGAAUAAAAACAAACAGACCAAGGGGACCUGUGAGUCAUGGAUUCCAAAGAAACAGCUAUGGUACCAGGGAUUAUUGGUCUUUUUAUUAUUUUUUGUUUGUUUGUCUGUUUGUUUCGUUUUGUUUUGUUUUUGAGCUGGGGUUUCACUCUUUAGCCUUUGGCUGUCCUGGACUCUCUUUGUAGACAAGGCUGGCCUUGAACUCACAGAGAUCUGCCUGCUUCUGCCUCCCAAGUGCUGGGGCUAGAGGUGUGUGUUCCACUGCACCCAGCUGUUUAUUAUUUCUAAGGGCCAAUUUAUUUGAAUAGUCAGGAAUGCAUUUUAAAGAAAUCAGGUAAAAAAAUUAAAUCUAUUGUUUUUAGAUACAGCAGAACUAAUAAAAUUUUGUCAGAGUCCAGUCCUGGAGAGCUGUCAGGGUUACCCUAUAGGAGGCAUUACAGCUAACAUUACCAUGAGUCCAGAGGGAGGAAGGGGCACUAUAAUCCUUAAAGAAAUAACCCUGAACAAACCCUGCCAGACCCUCACCAAGGAACUUUCAGUUGCCCUAAGACUUGCUGAAAUCCCCUGUCCUUAUGCUGAAACUUCAGUCCUUUCCCCCCUCACUGCCAUUGCCUAACUCAGUCACCCUCUAACACCUGCUUCCUGAUAGUUGGGACAAGGCAGUUUCUAAAGCUAAAAUGGCCUUGUCUGGACAAAGCUCCAGGAAAUAGAGACCGCAGAAUGGCAGGUAGCCUCAUGCAGCUGCAUUUAACAUCUCCAUUUCCAAACCCCUUAUGUAAAUCCCAAGCGUUUCCUUCCCUUUUUGAACUCACCCUUUCCCCUCAGGAGAAUGUCUGCUAUUGGCUGUUUGAAAUAAACAGUCUCUUUUGCCCAGGUUAGAUUGGUUUCUUUUUACUUCUGUCUCUUUAUGAUGCCUCAGGGAUCUAACCAUCCCUAUCUCCAGGUGUCCACUGUCAGAUUUCUUAAGCUUUACUGUGGGAAGGCCCCCUGAGUUCAGGAUUUCUAACAGCAGGCUGGAGAGCUGGUCUCCUUUGUCUCUGGAAAGUGACUCUGAGAGGCUGGUCCAGGAUUUUUCCUUCUCAGGCAGUGUUGUCUUCUUUACCCAGUCAUGGUGGGUCCACGUGACAUGAAUAACUUAGUGCUUGAAUGAAUGUCCUUAGUUGAGCCUGCUCUGCUGACUUACCCUGUGGUGGAGCCUGUCUUAUACUAUUUGAAACCCUCUGGGGAUUUCUAACAGAGGAAGAAUUGAAAGCCAGGGUAGGAGGCAGGGACAAUUGCAGGUCCUAUCCCAGGCAGGUGGCAGCCUUAAGUACAAGAGUCCUGUGUUCACAGCAUCCCCUUAUGUCAGUUUAGAAGGCACUGAGAGCAGAGUAAUUGCUAUUUGCCUCUCUGUUGCUGGAGACGUUUAGAAUGUAAAUGCAGAUUGUAAAAUCCUUUUCUGGAGAUGGGAGAGUCCAUCCCUUGUCAUUUGAGACAUGAAGAAUCAUUCAUUUUCUCUGUAGAUAAGGAGGAGGGUUUCCAGGUCUGACCUACACAGCCAGAGACAGGAGCAGCAGACUUCCUGUAAGUAUAAUUCCCAUUCAUUCUUCUCCUGUAAUGAAGCUAACAUGCACUUGCCUCUGAUGGGGUCUGUGUCCCAUCCAAGGAAGAAGGUAUUAUUUGAGCCUGGGGAUGUCCUGCCAUACAAGUGUAUUAUAAUUUAAGCCAUUUUAUUCAAAUUUUCAUAACCAUCUUUUA